AUGGUGAAUCGAGGUGCCUCAAAAGGUUGCAUCACAUGCAAGAAACGGCGUGUCAAAUGCGACGAGACUCAACCUUUUUGCAAAGCCUGUAAUCGAGUCGGGCGACAAUGUGCGGGUUAUGGAAAGCAACCUGUUCGGAUUAGGUUCAGAGACGAGACUACACGAUGUAUGAACAAAUUCCAGACUUCAAAUCAAUCAACAGCCAACCGCGAAAGACAGAAGCCAGGGACCAUAUGUACUUUUCGGCACGUCGGGAUAUCACCAAGCCUACUACCAAAACAACAGGACAUGGCAGUAUCCUUCUUUCUCACAUAUGUCACUGAUGUUGGUCGAAAUAUGGAGUCAACCCGAGGUUUCUUGGAACUUGUUCGUCCAGUGCUUGCAACUGAGUCCCAGGAUUCGGUAUUAUCCGUAGCAGUCAAAGCUACCUCGAUCAAGCUUUGGGCACUAUUACGACCGUCCGACGUCGCCACCUCAUUGCCAAUCAAACUAUAUAACCAAGCACUAGAAAAGCUACAGUGUGCUGUCAACAGCCCCGAAGAACAAGAAAAAGGUGCGACUGUCAUUGCAGCGCUCAUGUUACAGCAGCAUGAUACUCUAGCCGCCAUAUUCGGUCACAACAAGUCUAACACGACGCACCGAAAGGGUGCUUUGGCCUUGUUGACACAAGAGAGAAUGAGAAGGUUUAGAUACCAUGGGCAUCUGCUAGGGAACCAUUUUCACUGCAAGAUUUCCUUUUGUGUCAGGCACAAGGUACCUUUGACACAGGACGAACUGAAGUGGCUUUACAGUGAAGUGAUUCCCGCUCUUCCAAACAAUUGUAGCUACAUGCUGGACAUUAUUGGGAUAUCUGUGUCCAGGCUACAGAGUGUCAUGGCAGAUUCGGAGUCUUCUAGUGAAGGCAUAGCUCUGAAUGCACUGCAAGAGCUUCCGUCUAUUGUCUAUGAUGUCGAGACACAGCUUCAAGCAUGGCUGGACACAGUACCAGAUAUAUGGCAUCCCAGAAGACUCUCGGUCACUAACUCUAUUUCUCCUUCUGUCACUACUUACGACGGCACGGUCGAUAUUUAUCCCAGCAUUCAGAUCGCCAACAUUUGGAAUGUCUGGCGCAUGUACCGCCUCACUGUCGAGCUGGCCAAGGCAAAACUAUUUAGCAGCUUGAACAGCGAAAGUACAGAGACGGACAGAAAGGAAUUGCAGGAUGUACUGAACCUAAUCGAAGACAUAAGUCGAAGCAUGCCAUUCUAUCUUGGCAAUUGUUCCCGGCCCAUAAGCUUUACAGAUAUCAACGACCAACAACUAUCAUUUCCCUGCUAUCACGAUUUGCCGCCUGCAGACGAAGCAUUCAUCGCGUAUAAGAAUAGCAAUCACUACGUUUCGAGGACCGAUCACAAUCGCCAUAAUCUAAUCCAUGGCCCAAUCGCCGCCCUAAGCGUUUUAUCUCACCUCGUUGGCCUCUUUGAAGACCCAUGUUCGCAGUCACUGUCAUCUGAGGGUGGGUUUCAAAGACAAAAACAGUGGAUUUAUGAGCAGUUUCGCCGCUCGCUAUACUUGAUGCGCUUCAUACCACGCAAUGGUCUGGAUGUAGGUACCGACUUUCGAGAUGAGAACCAAAGGCCAAUGCAGGGACAGUUGGUCAAUACCAUUCGUCAAGCACUCUCCACAGUCAACUUGCUGUGA